AUGUUACAAAGUGAAACACUUGAUUCUUCCUUGCUUGAAAUGAAGCAUUUCAAGUACCUUGACUUGAGCAGGAAUAAUUUCAAGGACAGCUCGAUUCCAUCAUUCCUAGGAUCAUUAAACCAACUGCAAUAUCUCAAUCUCUCAAAUGCAGGCUUUGGAUGUGUUAUCCCUCACCAGCUCGGCAACCUCUCAACCUUGUGUUUACUUGAUCUUGGUGGACUGUUAUUUUCUCUAAGAGUCGACAAUCUCAUAUGGGCUGCUAAUCUUUCAUUGCUGGAGUCCCUUGAUAUGUGUCAUGUCAACCUUAGCACCACAAAAGAUCACCUUGCGAUGUUUCCUAAAGAACUUGGUGAACUGAAGCAGCUAAAGGAGUUAGAUUUGUCUGAUAACAAGUUGACUGGUCCAAUCCCAAUAAAUUUAUCAAGAUGCUGGAGCCACAACUUGGAGAACCUAGAGUUGUGGAGCAAUAAUUUUUACGGGCAGUUGCCUGAAGAACUUGACGAACUGAAGCAGUUAAAAUGGUUAGAUUUGUCUGAUAACAAGUUGCCUGGUCCAAUUCCAACUAUUGUGGGACAACUUUCAGAUUUGGAGUGGAUUGACAUAUAUGGUAAUACCUUUGAAGGUACGCUCACAGAGGCCCACAUUGAGAAGCUUUUCGAACUUAGAGGAUUUAGGACUGGGUUUAACAUGUUAACAUUCAGAGUGGAGAUGAUUGGACCCCUCAUUUUCAACUAA